AUGAUGAUGAUGAUGAUGGAAAAUGAGCUCAAAGCUACACCUGGAACAGCAGCAGCAGUAACAACAGCGGCAACAAGUGCUUCCGCAGCUGCAGCUCUUCAAGAUGCAUUUUCACUUUAUAGUGCCAUGCCGCCGGGUUUUUCCAUGCCACCAACAUCAACUUCAUCUAUUCCGACUGUCGAAGAAUGCUGUGUUCCGAAUUCACCCGGAUCACCAUGUUUAAAGGAUAAAAAAGGUGAUGAUCGAGUAAAACGUCCCAUGAACGCAUUUAUGGUUUGGUCUCGCGGACAACGCCGUAAAAUGGCUCAAGAGAAUCCAAAAAUGCACAACUCAGAGAUUUCUAAACGCUUGGGACAGGAAUGGAAAUUGCUGAAUGAAUCGGAAAAACGGCCAUUUAUCGAUGAAGCUAAACGUCUUCGAGCGAUUCACAUGAAAGAACAUCCGGAUUACAAAUAUCGCCCGAGGAGAAAAACGAAAAAUUUGCAAAAAAAGAAUGGUCUAGCAAUGUCAGCCAGUACAUUCUUGGAUCCAAUCAAAACUCAAAAUAUUUAUCAGCCAAUGACGACCGGAUGGCAACAACCGAUCAACUCCGUUUCUAGUUCACCAUACUUUGAUUCUUAUUCGUUGUAUGGCCGUACAGGUUAUGAGAAUAUGAUCGGAAUGCCAUAUUCGUUAAGUAGUGCAACAUCACCAGCUUCACAUUAUUCGCAAUCACCUAGUUGUUCAUUGGCUGCCGCAGCUGUACAAUAUCAGCAAGCUGCCGCUGCACAACAACAACAACAACAACAACAUUACAGCAGUGCUGCAGGUAUCUCGUUAGCAGUGAAACCUGAAACUUCCUCUGAUGGUGCCACUAAUACGGGAACAAGUAGCGGUGAAUCACCGGAUUCCGGAGUUGCAGCUGCUGUAACAACGGAGUCACCAUUGACUUCACAAUUUCGUGCCUUCUACGAACCUCAUAAAGAUUCUUCAUCAGCAUCUGCUUCAGCAGCAGCAGCGGCAGCAGCAACGAUGAAUAUGUAUAUGCCACAGGAUCCUCGAAUACAGUAUGCUGCGCUCAAUGGUACCAUGGAAGAACACAUGACAUUACCAUUGCAACAUAUGCAAUCUAUGUGA